UGACGUGACAUGCAUGAGCAAUCAGCAAGUGCACAAUCAGCACGAACGUGAAUCUUGAAAUGAUUCGAACCGCGACUCAAGACUCACGACUGCAGCUGCGGGUGAGUUGGCGCGUAGUAAAGCCGAACCCUAUUCUUGAUUGAGCCAGCCACACUUGACUCUCACUCAAGACUUGUGCAUGACCUGGAUGGUGAGGGACGCUCGCCACUCUCACUCUUCCAUGCAUUGCUCAUCCUAAAGGCCCUCACGCUUCGCAUCAAGUUAUAGCAGGGACACCGGCCGACGAGGAAUAGGAGCAGUCUAUGGUGCGCGCAGUUUUGUUUCACUUACUCCACACGCUCAAAUGAUCCCCCAUGAGCUGUCAGAGUGAUCAAGAGGUAUAAAUAGAGCGAGUUUGUCCUCGGACAUCGAAGCCAAGACCAAGCGGCAAGAGACCCGUUCACGCUCGCCAGCCUCACAUAAUUGGUCCUCAAUCGUUUCCUAGGAUUACAUCCAUCAUGCCGGUUCCAGACGUCCGCUACACGCCCAUCUUGGUGCCCUCAUUGCUAUCAGUGAGGGCCCGAGAUGAUGCAACGACGACCUUUCGCGAAGAUUAUCGAGCGGCAAGUGGGGAAUGGCACGUCACUACGUACUCGGCAUUUGAAGAGCUAGUAAACAACUACGUGCGGGUCCUGAUCGACGCAGGUCUACCCUUGCGGACAAAGAUCACCACGCUAGGCGGUAGCGAUGGCAGUCUGUCUGUGCCUGUCGUAGCCACUUUGGCUGGAAGCACAGAGGCAGAAACGGCCGCUUACUUUGCCAUCAUCAAGAUGGGCUGCACUGUGUUUCCUCUUUCGCCUCGUGCUCCUCCAGAUACCAUUGCAGCGCUACUGCAGACGCAUAGAGGCGUGACACACUUGCUGUAUGCGCCGCCUUUCGCUUUGCUGGCAGGCAAAGUCUCCGAAGCGCUUCAAAGCAGCGUGGUUGCUGUGGCGGGCGAAUCGGUCAUAAAUGUCAUGGCCUUGCCUACUGCCGCAGCAACAGCCGGCUCGAGCGCGAAUGUCGAGCAUUCUCCUGCAUUCAUGUACGACCUCGAUGAGCUCCUCGAGCAGGAGUACGAUCGAACAAUUCUCUUGUUGCAUACCAGCGGAAGCUCGGGACUCCCGAAAGUUGCCAAGUAUACCCACCGGAGUUUCAUGGUUCAAGCGGGGUGGUACCGCGAUCCGGCUUAUGCCAGUACUCAAGCCGAUCUUGAGGGCUCAAGGUUCUUCUCCGGAACGCCACUCUUCCACGCUAUCGGCUGGAUUAUCGGACCGAUCCUCGCAUUGACCAUCGGUGCCAUUUCCUUGGCACCCGCUCCUGGACCUCCUCCACCAGUCUCUACCCUGACGCAUUUGCUCACAAGUGGCAGAGCGGAUCGUGCUCUGAUUGUCCCUUCCCAGCUGGACGAAAUGAGUAUUGAUGCUGCCGCUACUGCGGCCUUGGCUAAGUGCAAGGCAAUCUGGUACGGCGGGGCGCCGCUUGGACCACAAAGUCAAGAAACGCUCGCCAAGAAUGGGGUCAAGCUCUGCAGCGCUUAUGGUCUGACAGAAACAGGCGCCGUCGCGGGCGCCCACGAGCUAGCGCCGGAAUCGCAAAGAGAUGCCGGAGGCACAUGGAUCACUCUUCGUUCCGAGUUCGACUACAUUUUCGAGCCUGCCCCACCAACGCAAGCUACGCAAUCGAAAGAGCUAUUUGAGCUGGUGGUCAAGUCGACGGGUCGAGUUCCAUUGCCGUUCGAGACCUCGGCCGGUGUUUGCAACACGGGAGAUCUAUGUGAACGACAUCCCGACGCUCCAGACUCUGUCAUCAGGCUAGACGGUAGGAUCGGAGAUUUGGUCAUCCUUUCAAAUGGCGAAAAUGUGCCGACUCUGCCUUUCGAGUCGGCGGCUUGCAAGCACCCAUCCGUACAGACCGCCGUCAUCUUUGGGCAUGGCAAAUCGUCAGCUGGGCUGUUGAUUGAGACGACUGACGCCAGCAAAUGGAGCGAGGCGGACCUCGUAGAGCUGAUGAAGCUCGUAGACAGUGUCAAUCGCGAGCAGCCGGCUUUUGCAACGGUCUUUCCGUCAAGAAUCCUGCUCGCGACCCCUAGCAAACCACUACCAAAGACAGACAAGGGCACGGUGAAAAAGAAGCUAGCGUUGCAGCUGUACGCAGAUGAGGUGGCUCAAGUCUACGAAAGAGAUACCGGACCUCUAGUCGGACCGGGAGAGAGCGACAUCACCUUGAAGACGAAGGAGGAUGUCGAGAAGUUUGUCAAGAAGACCUUGGUUGGAGUUCUCGGUGUCGACGUCGCCGAAUUGACCGAGUCUCGCGACCUCUUCGACCUUGGCCUGGACUCUCUGAGGUCAUCGCUGAUCCGUGGUGCAGUGCUUCGAGCCGUUCGCCACAAUGUCCAAGGGUUGGCGAAUGGUCGAUCCACCGAUUCUGAACAGCUAGACCGGGCAAUCCCUGCUAGCUUCGCCUUUGACAAUGCUACUCCUCAAAAGCUUGUGCACGCCGUCGCUCGGCUGGUCGAAGGCGAUGCCACAACCGUGACCACAUCGUCUUUGGAGCAAGCGCACGACACAUUGAGUCACUUCCGCAGAGACUUGGAGGCACGCUUGAAGCCCUUCACCGAGCUCGGUAGGAGACCCGAAAGCAAGUUCAAAUCGAUGGCGGCGCUGGUCACUGGCACGACUGGUGGUCUGGGCUGUAUACUUGUGGAGCAACUACUACAAGACAAGCAGUACGCGACGAUCAUCUGCGUCAACAGGGCUAAGCAUGCCUCAAAUGCCAGUGGUCGCGAGCGCCAAAGCGCAGCUUUCGAAGAACGCGCCAUGGAUCAGACGCUAGCGCAGUCAGACAAGCUCACCUUUGUGGAUGGCAACAUUUGGGAUCUGACCAUCCAACAAUUUCAGGAUGCUUUGCAAGGUCAUCGCCUGGGCUUGAUAGUUCACAACGCUUGGCCGGUGCGAUUUGAUCUGCCGCUCUCGAGCUUCGAGAAGAGCAUCGCGGGCCUUGUGAACCUGCUUGGAUUGGCAGCUAUAGAGUCUGCCAAGCUGGUCUUUCUCUCAUCUGUAGCAGCGGUGAAACAGACUCUUACCGGCAAUCCUACAGAGACCGUCCGCAUCGAGGAGUCUACCCAGGUGCCCCUAGAGUGGGCGUCGGGCGGCUACGGCGUGAGUGAAACCUCCUGCGACGUGCGGCAAUUGGGCUCUUUACUGAACGCCCCGUCACUAUUUGAGCAGGAGAGCAAGCUCAUAGGAGAGAAGCUGGUUUGCCAAGCAGUCCGAACCAUUCCUGGUCUACACGCAGUGUCGGUCAGGUGCGGCCAAUUGAUGGGUGACUAUCGGACUGGAGUCUGGAAUCCCGACGAAUGGUGGCCGUCGAUUGUCCGCUCGGCCACGCCCGAGGCAUUGGGUAGUCUGCCGACAGGUCCUGAGCUGGGUGAUGUGGACUGGAUUUCGACUAACGCGUUCUCUGCUUGGAUCAAAGUGAACGAUACCGCAGUCGGAAUCUUGAGCUACGCCAGCGCGCCCAGUGCGCCUGGCUUCACUUCUGCUAGCUCCACCAACGUGGUACAUCUGAUCAAUCCAAAGUCAGCUCCGGCAAGUCUCAUCGAAAAAUCUUUCGCGCCGACGCUUCCGGUCGCCAAAGUGCUGCCCUAUCGAGAGUGGCUGAAGGGUCUCCAAGCACUUCGUCCCAGCGCUUCGCUGAAGCAGGAUGAGCUCAUCUCUAAAUUGAGCGACAUACCUGCCCUCAAGCUCAGCGAUACUUACGAGGCGAUGGCGAGUGCAGACCGCCACGUAACGCUGAAAGUAGGCGAAAUGGAAUUGUGCUGGACAAAGCCCUGGCAACGCGUUUCGUUGCGAGAUGGCUCCACUGAGCUGACUGCUGUGAGCAUCUAG